AUGGCAACCAAAAGUGGUUUAGAACUAGCAUGCAAGUCCAACAUUAGUUGGAAAGAUGGAAUGAAAACAAUUUCGUUAUUGUUAUGGACCAACUAUUAUCGAUCUGAUGGCAUGGGGGAAACGAACGAUGGGUCGAAAUGUUGGUUUUCCAAUGUAGAUACAAAAUAUAAGCCGAAGGUGGGUGAUGGUUUUGAGACCGUAGAAUCGGCUGAGAAAAUGUACCAGAAGUAUGCUAAUGAAGCUGGGUUUGAUGUACGUUUAUCUAACAAGAAGAAAAAUAAGAUUGGUCGUAUCACAUCUCGAUUUUAUGUGUGUAGUAAGAAAGGAAGGCCACCAAGUAAGUAUUUUGAUUCCUUAGAUGUUCUUCCAGGUGAUCGCAGGAUCCCCAAUACAAAUAUAAAGCAUUCCGGUUGUGGAGCAUGUUUCAAGAUUCAUUUUGUUAAAGAACGGAGACAGUAUGAAGUUUACAAAUUUGUUGAGCAACACAAUCACAUGCUUUUUAAUAAGAAGGAGAUGAGGUUUUCACGUUCUAAAAGGCAACUACAUUACACUAAUCACAAAAAUGUAUUUCAUGGUUCUAGUUCGAAGGUUGGUGUCACCAAAUCUCAUAGAUUUAGGAAAGCAAUUAUGGGUGGUGUAGAUUCAUCAGGUGGCACCGUAAGAGAUCAUCAAAACUUCAAACGCGAUAUGGCUUAUUUUGUAGGCAAUAAAGACGCGCAAAUGUUGUUAAACGUGAUGUCUAAUAGAAGGAAGCGAUUUUCUGGGCUGAUGAAACUGCCGAGAUCGAAUUAUAGGGAAUUUGGUGAUGCAAUAUCAUUUAAUGCAACGUUUAGGACGAAUAAGCAUGUUAUGAUAUUUGUUUCGUUCGUUGCAAUUGAUAAUCAUAAGAAAUCUGUCGUUGUUGGAGCUGCUUUGAUUCACAAUGAAUCUGUGGUUGAUUACACUUGGGUAUUAAAAGCUUUUGUAAAAGCUCAUGGACGUCAACCACGUUUUGUGAUCACUGACCAAUGUGCGUCGAUGAAACAAACAAUUCUCAUUGCAUUUCCUAGAUCCAAGCAUCCAUUGUGUAUGUGGCAUAUCACUAAAAAGGUCAAAUCUAAGAUCAGUAAUUACCUCCAACAUCGUACGCCGUUUGUUAGCGAAUUUAAUAAGUUGGUGUGGAAUGUUCACCUUGCCCCUGAUGAAUUUGAGAUGAAAUGGAACAACAUGAUGGAUUUGUAUGGAUUACGUGGAGACUCAUGGUUUGAUGAACUGUAUGAGAUUACGGAGUCAUGGAUUCCGGCUUAUUAUAAGGAUUAUCAUAUGUCCGGCCUAAUGAAAACAACAUCCAGCCAACGGACGACACAUGGGUCGCUAGAGGUGACAACAAAGAGCACGAUUCCUCGAUUGGUGUCUCCUUGCAAAUUAGAAGCUCAUGCAGCAGAAGUUGUUAAGAACAAGAUGGAAAACUCGUAUGAUUGCUCCUGUAACUGUUUUGUUCGUAACGGGAUUUUAUGUCGUCACGCUUUCAAGGUAAUGUUAAAUGACGAGGUUGAUAUAAUUCCAGAUAAAUAUAUACUUCGUCGUUGGAGACGCGAUCUAGUCCCGGUGGAGUGGUUACCAGCACGUUUCAGAUAUGGGGAAGUUGACGCUGAUAAGGAGAGGUUGAUGAGUGUUGCUUAUUCGUAUUUUGAACGUAUUUUAGGUCGAGUGCGAAAUGAGAAACAUAUUUUGUCAAAAUUUGUUGACCAACUUGAAGAAUGGGAUACAAAGAUUGACAGUGAACUUCCUAUACAGUCACAUGCUCAAGAGACAACGACAUCUAUUAAAGAGUUUCUUGGAGUAUCUCAACCCGAAACUAUUGAUGUUCUACCUCCAACUGGCAUACGAAAUAAAGGUUGUGGGACUGGUAAGAAACUUAUUAGCGCCGCUGAGAAAGCAAUCACGAAUGGCAAAAAGCUGAAGAGAAAGUGUCGACUAUGUUGUCAAAUGGCUACACAUGAUUCAAGGAAUUGCCCAAAACGUGAUUCCACUUAA